AUUUAUCGUUCUCCUAAUCCUGUAUGUACUAAAGCUGGCAACAUUGUCUUCUUCCGCAUCUUCUCUCUUCUCUUCUCUUCUCUUUCCCCCAAUCAAUUGUUCCUUAAACCCUAACCCUCAAUUUCCCCUUCUUUCUCUUUGUAAUAUACCCUUAAAAAGCAUUACUCAAUCUCCAUGUGCUGACACAAAAUUCCUCCAAGAAAGGACAACAGGAAGAAAAAAAAAAAGAGAGAGAAAAAAUUAUGCUUCCUUUAGUCCCUUCCAUAUUUCUUCAUUUUAUUUUCAUCUUCUUCGUGGUUGUCCACGGCAGCAAGAACGAUUCCAUUUACGAGAUACUAAAGCUUCAUGGGCUUCCCACGGGGCUGCUUCCCAAGGGGAUAACCCGAUUUGAAUACGACGAUACGGGCCGGUUCGAGGUUCACUUGGAUCAGGCCUGUAAUGCCAAGUUUGAAAGCGAGUUUCAUUAUGACAUUAACGUGUCGGGGACUUUGAGUUACGGGAAGAUCAUGGAAUUGUCAGGGAUUUUGGCUCAAGAUUUGUUCCUUUGGUUCCCGGUUAAAGGGAUUUGGGUCGAUGUCCCCAGCUCGGGUCUUAUUUAUUUUGACAUCCUUUUCGUUUAUAAGCAGUAUCCGUUAUCGUUCUUUGAAACGCCGAAGGAUUGUCUGGCGAUUAGUAAUUCUGAGUCCGGUGAUUCGAUUCGAGAUGGCAAGUUAUUAGCUGAAGCAAUCUCCAAGAGUCAAUCUGCGAAACUUGGAUAUGAACCCGAUGAAGAAAAUUUUGGGAGGAACGAGAUGUAGAAAGGUGGACAAAACAAGUUGUGCAAUAGCUCAAUCAGUUUACAUUCAAGCUCAUUUCGGGGGCCCGUUUCCUCCUUCGUUGUAAAUUUUGGUGGAGGGAGUCUGCUCUAGGUGGUCUUUACUGUUUAGCUUCCAUCAUGUGUGUUUUGCUUGUCUAUUUUUCCCCUUUAUUCUGUUUACCACAGAGUAGUGUACAUGCCAACUCCAGUUGGCUCCUGUCCGUACGGUGAUGGCCAAUGGGGAGAAAAUGGAAGAUUGGGAAAAUAUAUUUUUUGAUGAUAGUCAUUGUUGGCUUGCCUUAUGGAGAUGGGAGCAUUUCCUUCAGGUGAUAAAAUCUACGAAACUUUAUUCAUGGCUUAAAUUUUCAUUGUAUUAUGAAUAUAAGCAUUGUUGUUAAAUUGAGUCUCGUUUUUGUUGUAAUAAUUUUUUUUUAUAUUGAUGAGACAAGAACGCCUUCAUGAAUUGAUCAUGAUGCAAGGUUGAAUAAUAAAAGUGUCUCUUGCUUCA